AUGACGGGCAUCAUCCCACCUCGUACUGCGGCAUUUGAGUACGACAAGGCCGUACGACGGCAUCGAAAAGUCGUUGGAAUGUACCCCUCCAUGCACGAUCUGCGGGAGCAAUUGACAUCCCUUCAUGCAAUCUCUUAUUCAAUGGUGUGGUCGAGCUCCAUUAGCGGGGUCAUCGCGAUCGCAUCCCGUGGCCAAAUGCGAGUCUUCUUUUGUUCCGGCUCAAAGAACCAUACUAUAGCUCACCGCUACAUGCUGGGCGGCGCGAAUAUCAAGAAAGUUGUCAGUGGCCUCUUGUGA